AUGAGAGCAUGUUUUGUGGUGUUGGUACGUAAUGAAGAACUAGCUGGAAUAACAUCUACAAUCAAACAAGUCGAGCAGCGCUUUAAUAGCAAGUUCAACUACCCUUACAUCUUUUUAAACGAUGCUGACUUUACGCCCGAGUUUAUUGAGACAACAACGGCUUUAACUAAAGCCACAACAAGAUAUGGUAAAGUUGAUGGUCAUAUGUGGGGCUAUCCAUCCUUUAUCAACACUACUUAUGCUGCUGAGUGCAGAGAAGAGCUAGCAAAGCAACAGAUACCUUAUGCAAGCAGUGAAUCUUAUAGACAUAUGUGCAGAUUUCAAAGCGGCUUCUUCUUUAGACAUCCAUUACUAGAUGAAUUUGAUUAUUACUGGCGUAUUGAACCUGAUGUAGACUAUUAUUGUGAUAUUGAUUAUGACGUAUUCAAGUUUAUGAGAGACAACAACAAGAAAUAUGGAUUUAAUAUUGCAUUUAGAGAGUUUAUUCAGACAGUACCUUCGCUAUGGCAAACAGUCAUGAAUUUUAAAAAAGAAUACCCUGAAGUGGUAUCACAUUGGCCAUCAAAGAAAGACUCACUCGCCAAGUUCGUUACGGAUGAUGAUGGACAAUCUUAUAACGGCUGUCAUUUUUGGACAAACUUUGAAAUUGCGUCACUUGAUUUAUGGAGAUCGAACGACUAUCUAAAACUAUUUGGUUAUCUUGAUCGAGCAGGAGGCUUCUUUUACGAAAGAUGGGGUGAUGCGCCUGUACAUUCGAUUGCUGCUUCAUUAAUGCUUCGAAAGGAUGAAAUUCACUUUUUUGAUGAUAUUGGUUAUAGACAUACGGCUUAUACUCAUUGUCCAUCAAAGCCUGAAUAUGCUGCCAAAUGUUCAUGUGACCCUGAAAAGAGUCUGGACUAUACAGAUGGUAUAUCAUGUCGUUCUGUAUAUGAUAAUGCCCUGAAUUAA